AUGUCUCCGUUCAUACGUUUAAUGUGCCAUGCAAUUUUUGCAUUGGUCUUCGCUUUCAUUACUCUGGCACAAUCUUCCAAUCUUGAAGUAUCCACAACUUCAGCCACGGUUUCAGAAGUGACUUCAGCAUCAGAAACAUCGACCACGAUCGCAACAACAUCCACAUCGGCUCUCCCUGACACAACUUUUUCAAGUUCUGUCGUCGAACUUCCACCUAACACCGCUCCUGGUUCCUCCAUCACCGUUGUUGUCGUAUCAGAGAGCACAGCCGAAACUCUCUCGACAUCCUCACUCACUUCAUCUACCACCGGUUCAUCCAGCACCUCCAGCUCUUCCACCUCUACAGUAGGGACAGAUGAGCCAUCCGAAACCGGAUAUGCACAAGACGACUUGCCAUCUGUGGACGCUCAAAGCUUCACUAAUGAAAACGUCGAUUUUAAUCAAAACAACCAUGGAAGUCCAGAACCAAUCGUCCUAUCAACAGAAGAGUCCGUCCAGCUAGCAGUCAUGGAAUCCCAAUUCUACACAGAUAUUGCCCAAAAUAGUCCUGUCCCAGGUACACAGCCAAUUACUUUACCGGAUGUUACUUGUGGAGGAACAUCAAGAUUGGCGAGACGUCAGAAGUCAAUUUGCAAGACGAUCAACAGUUUCAGUUUCACAGUGUACUUCUGGUCUGUUUUCCAACCUGGAAAUCCCAAAAAUACCUGGGCGAAGACAAGUGUAUGGGAAUCGAGGAUCAAACUUCAGAUGGAUUAUCUCAAAGCUGCCUACAAUCCCCUUGGGAUAUAUCCGGUUUAUUCAGGAUCGAUCCGAUUCCUCAACAAUUCAGCAUUCUCUAACCACAAUAAGAAGAACAGAGAUGCUAACGUCGCUUUCAUGGCCAAGUACCGUAAAGGCAAGUUGUCUGACCUCAAUGUAUUCAUGGCAGACUCGGUCAUUGGGGCAGGCGGAAACGUGAUCAAUGGAUACUCCCGAGUCAUUUCUCAAUCAAAUCAAGGCACUGGAGACGGAAUCGUCAUCGACCAAGCACGACUCGGCAAUGAAAAGCGAAAUACGCUCACUCACGAAAUGGGACACUGGCUCGGUCUCGAGCACACUUUCGGAGAUGUGGGAUCGCUUUGUACGCUUGAUGAUGGUCUGCUCGAUACCACACGGACUUCUGGCUCAUCCAAGGUCAUCUACGAGUGCGACCAAGUUCCAUGUUUUGGAUCCACUGCCGGCCGUGUCGAGAACCACAUGAGUUACUCUCGCUGCCGCGGCGCAGACAUCAGCGGCGGCAUGACCAAAGUCGGCUUCACCAACGACCAAAAAGCCCGCAUGUUCGCCCGGUACCUCCUCUACCGCGCCGGAAUCAAGAACGCCUGCGCCAAAGACCCAACCGUCUCCCGCCGCGACGACAUCUGGGAGAUAUUCGCUCGGCAAAAUCAGCAGGUGAGCAGCAUGCAGAACAUCAAGGACGGAGAGUGUCCCAAGCCUGGUGAUCCCAUUCCUGGGACGGUUCACGCUACGCCGAAUGAUGGCGCGGAUUUGUCGCUGCCGGAUUCGGGGAGUAAGGGGGUUACGACCGUGGCUGCUGAGGCGCAGGCGCCGACUGCGACGGUUUCGGGGGUUGCGGGUGAGACUUCUGCUGUUGCGGCGACGGGGACGACGAGUAGUGGGGCGGCGGCCACGAGCUCGAGUGCUGCGGUGGCGGGCAUGAAGGUGCCUGCUGCUUCUUUUGGGCUUGUACAGGCGGUACUGUCGAUAUUCUAUUUGGUACUAUGA